CUCUCAUCCUGUUUACGCUCCGAUCUGCUGUGUGAGGCUCGGUUCGUCUUGAAGUACGUAAAGGAGAAACAGGCUGAAAUUUUGUAAACACAGAUCAGCAAUUCGUAGUACUGGAAAAGGAACAACCCUGUCAGCACAAAGCAGCCAUGUCGUGUCGGGAGAUCCACGCCACCAACGCUUUUGCCUUCAUUGUUGCCAUUUUGUCCGUAGGUGGGAUCGCUGUGGCAACAUUAAUCCCACAAUGGCGUGUAACGAGACUCGUCACCUUCAAUCGCAAUGCCAAGAAUAUCAGUGUGUAUGAUGGGCUGUGGGCUAAAUGUGUGAUGCAGGAUGGCUAUUCAGGAUGCUACUACUAUGAUUCAGAGUGGUAUUCUAAAUUGGACCAGCUGGAUCUGCGGCUCUUGCAGUUCUGCCUUCCUACAGGCCUGGCAUUUGGCUCUUUAGCCUUGCUGCUCUCCAUGACAGGGAUGUGUAAAACCUGCUGCUGCUCGGAGAAGCCUGAUCCAGACAUUAAAACCAUCCGAUGCCUGGUGAACAGUCCAGGUUGCCACCUGGUGGCAGGAAUGUUUUUCUUCCUGGGCGGAGCAGUCGCCAUUGCACCCUCAGUGUGGUUCCUUUUCCGCACCAAGGACAUGAACAUCAGAUAUGACAACAUCUUCUCUGAUGGCUUUGCUGUAUAUGUAUCUAUAGGCUGCUCUGGAGGACUGAUGCUAGCUGCAGUGCUGACGUUCAUGUGGUACUGUAUGUGUAAGAAGCUGCCUUCACCUUUCUGGUUGCCCCUGCCUUCCAUGUCUACCUCCAUGUCCACCCAGCCUCUUACUGCCAACGCAUAUUCUCCUUCCCCAGUUUAUGGUCCGCAGCCUUUCCCACCACAGACAUAUCCUACAGUGAUCGAUGCUCAACCAUAUGUGCCCACGCAGGGCUAUGCACAAAGCAUAGUCGCACCUGCUGCACCACAAGUGUACAUGACUCAGAUUUCUGCUCCUGAUGGCUAUGGAUCAGAGGUUGGAGGAACCCAAGCCUACAGCUACGCCCCCUCGCAGAGUUAUGCCCCCUCGCAGAGUUAUGCCCCGUCGCAGAGUUACGCCCCGUCACAAGGCUAUGGAUCCAGUUAUACAGGCCACCGCUACUCCACCCGCUCACGGAUGUCAGCCAUAGAAAUUGACAUUCCUGUGCUGACACAAGAAUAAUGAGAGAGGAGAGCCUGAUAACCUCAUCAUGCUGAAGAAUUCUGUCCAUGAACCUCCAUAAAUUUCACCACUGAUAAAACUAACAGAGUUUGAUAGAUGAAAGUUAAUGACCUGAUAGCUAUUUACAGCUUCAAGAGUGACAGCUUCAAAAAAUACUCUGUCAGUCCUGGUCUGUAAAUUGCUGAUGGUAGAGGAUGAGACUCGGUAAAACAACCCUUGAGGUACUACACAAGGGAUGAGAUUAACCUCAAAACUAAGACACUGGUAGAAACAACACUGCAUUCAGCUUAGUAUUGUUUUAAAAAAAAUACUUGUUUCACUGUUUUUAUAUCAGAGUAUGAGCACUAAAUAGUAAUUUCUCACUUGCUGAAGUGACCGAUGGACCAACUUUUUUUUUUUUUUUUUUUUUUUUUGUAUUUUCUGUUACAUUUGUGCUCGACACUUUAUCCUUAAUGUGUAACACUUACAGUAUGAAGAUUAUCUGUUAUCACUGUUGAACUGCAUUGUUGACUGUAAUUUACUUUGAAUUGGUCCUGAAUGGACAACUACUAACUAACUCACCUGUUUUUGUGUUUCUGUUGUAACAUGAAGUGUGUAAUGAACUGUCACUGUUCCCUGUGAAGAGCAGCUGUCAUAUUUUUUAAAUGCACUAUGACAAUACUGUGCCUUUGUUUACUGACUUUGUUAGACUUGAGUAUUUUUUUUAAUGUAAAGCCUAUUACAUAUUACUUAAUCAUUUACUAUAACAUAUUUAUGUAAAAAAAAAAAAAUCAAAAGAUGCCAAUAAUAAACCCAUUAUCUGUGUUCAGUCUGAUGUACAAAUGCAGUUAAGAUGGCUGUGCUGUCAAAAACACUAAGACAUCUCUGCUCAGCAUGUCAGCUGGUUAAUCAAAUAUAAAUAAGUCUCCAGUGUGGUAAGCCUAUUUGUAAUUUUUUUGUACUGUAAUAUUAAACUUUUGCUAACUUAGCUGGAAGCAUUAAUUAAAGCUGAUAGUCACGAUUAAGGCAAAUUUGUUGCAUUCUUAAAAGUUUUGCAUACUAAGCACUGAUCUUUGUUUUUAUAAUGUGACCAUUAUUCUCUUCUACAGUGAAAGUGUCAAAGAAACAUGUUUUUCUACACUGCUAUCUUUU